AUGGCUUCGGACAGAUUCUGGUUCUUCGAGGCACGCGAGAACCCCGACUCAGCGCCUCUUGCACUCUGGUUCAACGGCGGACCCGGAGCGUCGAGUAUGAUCGGCCUCUUCCAAGAGAACGGACCUUGCCUCAUCAACAACGAUUCGAAGACCGUCUCGCACAAUGAAUACUCCUGGAACAACAAAGUCAACAUGCUCUACAUAGAUCAACCUAUCGGCGUCGGGUUCUCGUCCGGACAGACGCUGGUUACUACUUCGCAGCAAGCCGCAGCGGACGUCUGGACUUUCCUCCAGCUCUUUUUAGAAGACGAGCGUUUCCAGAAGUAUCAGAACACAUCGUUGGGUAUUUGGGGAGAGUCAUACGCUGGUCACUAUAUCCCGGCUUUUGGAGACUUUAUCUUGCGGCAAAAUGACCGCAUCUCCAAUGGCGAAAUUGAUGGCCUGCCCCUUAACCUCCAAACCAUCGGAAUUGGUAACGGACUUACAGACGCCAGGUCACAAUACCCAGGAUACAUCAGCUACGCCGAGAGCAACCCCUAUCACCCUCUCGUCCCUCAAUCCAUCAUCGACGAAGCACGCCAGAACUACACCAUGGAGGGCGGAUGCAAAGACCAGAUUGACGCAUGUUACACUACACAGUCCAACUCCAUCUGCGCUAACGCGCACAAGUUCUGCGAGGCCACCGUCACGAGUCCGCUCUCGGGCAAUUACAGUAUAUACUAUGUCCUCUCCGAGAAAGACGAUUUCCCAUCCGACAUCACCCAGUACAUCAACAACGUCCAGAGGGAGAUCGGCGCAGACGGCGGAUGGUCUGAAUUAAAUCAAGAGGUUUUGGUAAAUAUUUUGUCAACCGGCGACUCUAUCAAGACCGUCCAGCCAGAACUCGAGAAUAUGAUCAACGUGGGGAUCACUGUGUUGCUAUACAAUGGCGACGCUGACGACGCCGUCAACUACCAGGGCGUCGAGAAGAUGAUUGAUACCCUCAAUUUUACAUCCGCCUCAGAUUACCACGCGCAGAAUUAUACGACAUACACAGUCGAAAACCAGACUGCAGGCGUAUACAAGAGCGCAGGAACGUUUACAUACCUACGGGUAUACGGCGUUGGUCAUGAGGUCCCUGCCUACAAAUUCGAGAACUUGGACUACGGAGAAGCUUCCUCGCAGAUGUUCGACCAGAUCAUGCUAAACCAGACUCUCGCUUCGACAUAA